AUGGUACAUGGAUAUGAAGAAAAUGGUAUUGGUAUAAUACGUGAUAAACGAUAUGUACGAGAUGCUACUAAUCCAUUCACAGCCUAUCGUGAACAUGAAUUUCACAUAAGAUACAGAUUUUCAAAACAUUCUGCUAUGCAUGGACUACUAUCUUUGGUUAUAGAUGGUUUAAGAAAGCCUGAUAAGCGAGGUCUUCCAAUUGAACCAGUUUUCCAGCUGCUUAUUUGUUUAAGAUUUUAUGCUACUGCUUCUUUUCAGAAAGUAAACGGAGAUCUUAUGGAAUUACCACAAUCUACAAUUAGUAGAAUCAUGUUUAGGGUAACUGUUAUAUUAGCAGCUUAUUUAAAUACUUAUGUCAAAUUUCCAACAAACCAAGCAACUAUACAAGAAAAUAGAAGAUUGUUUAAAACAUUAGGAUAUGGACACGGAGCUAUAGGACUUCCUUGUAUUGAUGGAGCGAUAGACUGUAUUCAUAUAAGACUAUUCGGUAAUAAUUUUCAAGGAUUAGAUGAAAUGUACAGAAAUAGAAAAGGAUAUUUUUCUUUAAAUGUCCAGCUGUUGUAGGACCGCAGAUGGAAUUUUUAGAUCUUGUUCCUGAAUGGCCAGGAAGUCAACACGACAGUAGAAUUUUCCAAAAUUCUAGACUUUUUAUGCGGUAUCAACAACGUGAAUUAAUAGGAAUGUUAGUAGGAGUUUCAGGAUAUCCUGCUCUUCCAUUUCUUUUAACACCAUUCAGAAAUCCACAAAACGAAGAAGAACAGAGAUUUAAUGAAAUUCAAUUAAGAACACGAAUAACUGUUGAAAGAACAUUUGGAGAAUGGAAAAGACGAUUUCCUUGCUUAUCG